UUUUACAGUAAUAAAUCUAAAAAGCAAUGUCUGCACUUAAUGCCAUCUUUACUGCUGUAGGUUUUUGAUUGUAUGUAUAUAGAGCAUUAAAGUUAAUGUAUUUAUAUAUAUGUAUAUAUUUUUCUUUAACAAUACACAGCAUGGCUUCAUUCAAGCCGUAAUUGCAAUUCAACUUUUACUUCUUCCAUUUACUGCCAACUUUUUUAUUGCCCAAAACUUUGAUGCAACUCAUAUUUUACUACUUCGAUUUUAUGGUGCUUCUGUUGCUUCCAUUGCCAUCAUUAGCUUAUUAUGUCGUAAUAUGCCAAAUAUGUUACCUUGUAAACGCGGUGCAGGUAAAAGAAACAACACUAUAUUAGUAUAUAUUAUAUACAUAUACAUAUACAUAAAUAUAUGGGAAAUAAUAAUAAUGUUUAUAUGUAUAGCUUGUGGAUUCUUAUUCUAUCACAUGAUUAUGAGUUUAGUUAUAUUUCAAUUACGUAAUGAGGGCCCUCUUACAGUUCAAACAAGUUGGGCUUUAUCAGCUUUUCAUGGUAUUCAAGCUUUUGUUUUAUAUGCCUGGUACACAGCUACUGCAAGCCAAGUAAAGGCAUUUUUGAAGCAAGGACAGCAACAAGCAAAGAAAGAUUAAAUUAUGUUGUAAUACGAAAAUCGAGUCAUUUAUUAUAAAUUUGUUUAUUAGAUGUAAUAUGUAUAUUAUUUACUUCCAUUAUUCAUGGUAUUAUUAAGAUGAAAUAUUACAUAUAACUUAAUG